GUCGAUGAAGAGGCAGUGGUGGAUCAAGGUGGGACCAGUAAUGUCGUUAAUAUUCAUUAUGAGAAAGAAGAACUGGAAGGGCACAGAACGCUGUACGUUGGGGUACGGAUGCCUUUGGUGAGACAAAGCCACAGACAUCACAGGAAUCAUGGCCAAAAACAUAGGAAACGAGACCGGGCGAAGGGAGCCAUUCAAGAAGAAGAGCAGGAAUCUCAUGACACCCCGUCUCAGCGAGUUCAGUUUAUCCUUGGUAUGGAGGAGGACGAGGAGCACGUUCCCCAUGAUUUGUUCACAGAGCUGGAUGAAAUCUGUGUGAAAGAAGGAGAAGAUGCCGAAUGGAAGGAAACGGCCAGGUGGCUGAAGUUCGAAGAGGACGUGGAGGAUGGAGGAGAACGCUGGAGCAAGCCCUAUGUAGCGACACUUUCAUUACACAGCCUCUUUGAGCUGAGGAGUUGCAUCAUGAACGGGACUGUCCUUCUGGAUAUGUGCGCCAACAGCAUCGAGGAAAUUGCAGAUAUGAUCCUGGAUCAGCAAGAACCAAGCAGUGAGUUUGAUGAAAGAAUGAGAGAGAGUAUCCGGGAUGCCCUCUUAAAAAAGCAUCACCACCAGAACGAGAAGAAGAGGAACAACCUCCUUCCGAUUGUCCGCUCUUUCACUGACGUCAGCAAGAAGCAGUCGGAUCCACACUUAUUGGACAAAACGGCAAUGCACACGCUGUCUCCUCAACCUGGCACUACCAGUCUAGAAAUUAAAAACGGCGUGACCCACGACACUAGUCCUAUGGAUUUAAGCAAGGCGGAGCUUCAUUUCAUGAAGAAAAUUCCUACCGGAGCAGAAGCUUCCAACGUUCUAGUGGGAGAGUUGGAUUUCCUCCUUCGUCCCGUGGUGGCGUUUGUGCGUCUGACGCCAGCCGUCCUUCUCUCAGGCAUGACGGAAGUCCCGAUCCCAACGAGGUUCUUAUUUAUCUUGUUGGGACCAGAAGGGAAAGCACAACAGUACCAUGAGAUUGGCAGGUCAAUGGCCACCCUCAUGACAGAUGAGAUUUUCCAUGACGUUGCUUAUAAAGCCAAAGACCGUGGUGACCUUGUAGCUGGUAUUGAUGAAUUCCUGGAUCAGGUGACGGUAUUGCCUCCUGGAGAAUGGGAUCCAUCAAUUAGAAUUGAACCACCGAAAAAUGUACCUUCCCAGGACAAGAGGAAGAUGCCAGGUGUCCCUAAUGGCACGGCUUGCCAUACUGAGCCAGAACAGCACAGUGGACCCGAACUUGAACGAACGGGAAGGCUCUUUGGUGGUUUGAUCAUGGAUGUGAAACGAAAAGCUCCUUGGUUCUGGAGUGACUUCAGGGACGCUUUGAGCUUGCAGUGCUUGGCGUCUUUCCUCUUUCUAUACUGUGCCUGCAUGUCCCCCGUGAUUACCUUUGGGGGGCUGCUUGGAGAAGCGACCGAUGGACAAAUAAGUGCAAUAGAAUCCUUAUUUGGUGCCUCGAUGACUGGAGUUGUAUACUCUCUGUUCGCUGGACAACCCCUCACUAUCUUAGGAAGCACUGGACCGGUGCUGGUGUUUGAAAAGAUUUUGUUCAAGUUCUGCAAAGACUACUCACUCUCCUACCUUUCCCUGAGAACCAGCAUUGGACUGUGGACUGCUUUCCUGUGCAUCGUCCUUGUGGCAACAGACUCCAGCUCCCUAGUAUGCUACAUCACUCGCUUUACUGAAGAAGCAUUUGCUUCUCUGAUCUGUAUCAUUUUCAUCUACGAAGCGCUAGAGAAACUGAUUAAGCUGGGGGUGACCUACCCCAUCCACAUGCACAGCCAACUCGACCACCUUACCUUCUACUACUGUAAGUGUGCCGCUCCUGACAAUCCCAGCAAUCAAACCCUACAGUUCUGGAGCGACAAGAAGAUUGUCCCUUCUGCGAUGGAGUGGGCGAACCUCACUGUCAGUGAAUGUCGGAAAAUGCAUGGAGAAUUUACUGGACCUGCCUGUGGGCACCAUGGCCCCUACACGCCAGAUGUCCUCUUCUGGUCUUGCAUUCUCUUCUUCACCACCUUCAUCAUGUCCGGCGCACUGAAGAUGUUUAAAACCAGCCACUAUUUCCCAACAAAAGUACGAGCCAUGAUAAGUGACUUUGCUGUUUUCUUAACUAUCGUCACUAUGGUGACUUUUGAUUUCUUAAUUGGAGUCCCAUCACCAAAGCUACAGGUUCCCGGUGUCUUCAAGCCGACAAGAGAUGACCGUGGGUGGAUUAUUAGCCCGAUAGGCCCCAAUCCCUGGUGGACGGUGUUAGCAGCUCUCAUCCCAGCUCUCCUCUGCACCAUCUUGAUAUUCAUGGACCAGCAAAUCACUGCUGUUAUCAUAAACAGAAAGGAGCAUAAACUCAAGAAAGGAUGUGGCUACCACCUGGACCUUCUGAUGGUAGCAAUAAUGCUUGGGGUGUGCUCUGUGAUGGGGCUGCCCUGGUUUGUCGCUGCAACUGUUCUAUCCAUCACCCAUGUGAACAGCCUUAAACUAGAGUCUGGCUGCUCAGCUCCAGGAGAACAACCGAAAUUUCUCGGGAUACGAGAGCAAAGAGUCACUGGCCUCAUGAUCUUUGUGCUUAUGGGCUGUUCCGUCUUCAUGACUGCUGUGUUAAAGUUUAUCCCGAUGCCGGUGCUUUAUGGUGUGUUCCUUUACAUGGGCGUUUCUUCACUCAGAGGAAUUCAGUUCUUCGAUCGCCUGAAGCUGUUUGGAAUGCCGGCAAAACACCAGCCCGACUUCAUCUACUUACGGCACGUCCCCUUGCGAAAAGUACAUCUCUUCACCGUGAUCCAGCUGAUGUGCCUCGUUUCACUCUGGGCCAUCAAAGUGUCUCCUGCUGCCAUCGUCUUUCCCAUGAUGGUCUUGGCUCUGGUCUUUGUCCGGCAAGUCAUGGAUUUCUGCUUCUCGAAGCGGGAGCUCAGCUGGCUUGAUGACCUCAUGCCAGAAAGCAAGAAGAAAAAACUGGAUGAUGCCAAAAAUAAAGCCAAGGAAGAAGAGGAGUCUCAGAAAAUGCUUGAAGCUGCUGAAGCAACUGUCAUGCAGUUACCAUUGGGGAAAACGAAAUAUUUGACUGUUCCAGGACGAAAUAACAAUUUCAGGGACGAUCCUUCAGAGAUAAACAUCUCAGACGAAAUGCCUAAGACGACUGUAUGGAAAGCUCUCAGCAUGAAUACAGAAAAUCUCUAAAUCCCAGGAGAAGAGUUUUUCCAUUUAGGGACCUUGACUUUGGCGGCGGGGGAGGAGACCGUGAAGAUGACUCAGGGAUGAGCCAAGAUGUACAGACACGGGGAGAAAAUACUCUUAAAAACGGAGAAAGGGGGGGAAAAAAAGCCACCGCUCUCCUCUGGUACUUUUUUCAUUCAAGUAACUGGAUUCACAUUAAAGCCAUUCAGACAUUUUCAA